AUGUCUCCUACUCCUUCUUCCUGUACUAGUAUGAUGAGUAUGUUGUCUUGUCUCUUUCGAUCAGUCGUCUUGGUAGUGGUGGUAGCAGCGGCAACCCAAGCAGCUUCAUCAGGUGUUCCCUUUGGCCAUGAUGUUCUUUCCGAGCACUUUCUACUGAACUAUACGAAUUUCAACCAUGGCUCGUACGGUGCGUGUCCCCACUCUGUGUUGGACUAUCAGUCUUCCCUCCGACAACAGCAAGAACAGCAGCCCGACAUUUGGAUGCGUCAUCAGUAUCGCAUCCUCUUGAAUGAGACCCGCCAAAAAGUCGCAGACAAUGUGGGUCUUGUGGACGACGAUCGUGAUGGCCUUGUGAUUGUGGAGAGUGCUUCCACGGCGGUCAAUGCCAUUCUCCGCAGUUAUUCCUGGCAACCAGGAGACGUCAUUUUGUAUUUUAGUGUGGCGUUUGGAAUGGUCAAGAAUACAGCUCUUUGGCUCCAGCAAGAACGUGGUAUUCAAAUUGUCGAGGCGCCCGUUGUCUUUCCCAUUUCCGAGGAUCAAGCAGAAACUGCCUUUUUGGAUUCCAUGCAGGCAGCGUUGCAGAAUCUGCAGAACGCGUCAAAUUUGACAAAACUGAAAAUGGUCGUGUUGGAUCAUAUCGUGUCCAAUCCGGCCGUCAAGGAACCCAUUCAGGAAUUGGCGAAUAUGAUCAAAGCUCACAAUCCCGAUUGCUAUAUUUUGAUUGAUGGGGCUCAUGCCAUGGGACAAAUACAACAAUUGCAGUUGUCAUCAAUGCAGAAUAUCGAUGCCUACUUGUCCAAUGGUCACAAAUGGCUCUAUUCCCCCAAAGGAUCUGCCUUUUUAUGGGUCAACACAACAUCCUCAUCCGUCAUCAACCACUCGACGUUUCCAGAACCAACCGUCAUUUCCAAGGAAAAUAUCAUUGGCAAUACCAGUCUGCUGCAGCGAUUCGAGUACGUUUCCGCGCGAGAUUAUACGGCUUUUCUAGCCAUGGCCGCCGCUAUUGACUUUCGACGCGACGUGCUCGGUGGCGACAAUGCCAUUUAUUACUACUGUCGCACACUGGCCAUUCAAGCCAAACACUACUUGAUGAACUUGUGGAAUGUCACGGCCAUGGCACCCGAUUCCAUGGAAGAAUUCAUGAUUAAUAUCGAAUUGCCAAAGGAAAUUCAUUCGACUACCAUGGGAUUGGCACUUCACAAUCAUUUAUUGCAACAACACAACAUUUACAUGCCCAUUGUGCAUUACGAACCGACCGAUCGAUAUUUUACACGGCUCUCCUCACAAGUCUAUUUGGAAUUCAAGGAUUUUCAACGAAUGGGCGAUCUCGUCUUGGAGUUUGUGCAGAGAGAAAAACAAACAGACGCACCAAGACGACAGGAAUCAAUCCAAGAGGUAAUUGUGGAGUAA